UGUGACUGCAGCCUUAUACAUCGUGGCUUGCAUAGAGAUAUAAGAAUUCUUAUUUCUCUGUUCGAUUGCGUGAAAAAGUUCGAAGGUGAAUUUUUGUUGCUUUUUGUUUACGCAACCGAUUUAUGGUGAUAGUUUCAUUUUUGAAAAAUCAUUAAAGCCACCUUAAUUAAGCCAUAAAGAGAAGUGUGUAGACCGUUACUGAAAACGGUUUAAUUAUUGUACGUAAAUAUUUAUUUAACUGCUACAGAUUAUUUUCAUUAAUUGUAAAUGCUUUUAGUAUUUAUAGUCUUUAAUAUAAAAACGAAGGAAGAGUGAAUUUUCUUAUCGCAAUUACAGUGAAUAAUAUCCUUUACGAUUUAAUACUGUGAGUAGGAAUUCGUUGCAUCAUAUGACAUUGAUACAUAUUUGCAUUUAGAAUUAUAUCAAGCAGUCGUCACUGAAGUGCUAGUCACUUUGACCCUUAUUUAAAUAUACUUCCGUAAGAGUAACGGAAAACAUUAGACUUAUAGUAAUUUCACUGCUAGAAAUAGCUGCUGAUACCAUGGUCAAUACUGGGCUAUUAAUACUUACUAAUCCAGCAAAGGUGGCUAAGCUGUUACCAAUCAUUAAAAAACAUGUUUUAAAAACACUUUAUAUUCAGUACUUUCCAGAUAAAAACAUUCUCUAUUCUACUUCAUACUCCCAGUUACCUUUUAACAAACUGAAUGGACCAUGUUAUUCUCACAUUGUUGCAAAUAUAUAUGCUUCUGCUUCAAGCUAUUCUAACUGCCUGGAUGUUAGAGUUUUACUGUUGAGCUUGAAAAAUUCUAGUGGAUCAACUAUACGUACUAAAAGGCCAGUGGAAUUGGUUAUCUUUGAUGAAACCUAUAAUACUAAUGAUGUCAAUACUUUGAUGCAAGAUUACUUAGAUAAUAUGUCAAUAGAUUGUGAAUUCUUGAUGCUUAAUCAGAAAAAUCAAGAGUUGAGUUGUGUUAAGAGUAGUACAAACGUACAGAGUUCUGAUGGAAAAGUGUACAAGAAUGUGGUCUUGGGUGGGACUUUUGACAGAUUACACACAGGUCAUAAGAUUUUUCUGAGUGAAGCCAUCCUUCGAUGUUCUCACGAAUUGACUGUAGGAGUUACAGAUUCAAAUAUGAUUCAAAGAAAAAUUCUGUGGGAACUAAUAGAGCCAUGUUCCAAGCGCAUUGCAUUGUUACAAGAUUUUGCAGAAGACGUUGAUCCAUCUUUAAAAUAUUACAUUGUCCCAAUCACUGAUAUUUAUGGUCCAACAAAGGAUGAUCCUUCUUUUGAACUGAUUGUUGUAAGUGAAGAAACAAAGAAAGGUGGUGACUUAAUUAACCACAGGAGAACUGAAAAUAAUUUAAGAAAGUUGGAUAUUCAUGUAGUAAAAUUAGCUGAAGAUCCUGAUCAUAAUGAACAUGAAGAAGUAAAAAUAAGCUCAAGUAACAAUAGAAUGCGUUUAUUAGGAACAAGAUUGAAACAACCUAACAGAACAGAAAAACCUAUACAACCAUAUAUUAUUGGAUUAACUGGUGGCAUAGCUAGUGGUAAGUCUUCGAUAGCAGAUAAGUUACAAAAACUAGGAGCAGGGCUCAUCAACUGCGAUUUCAUUGCUCAUGCAUUGUACGCACCUGGUAUGAAUUGUUAUCAUAAAAUUAUUGAUACAUUUGGUAAUAAGUACUUAAAUCAAGAUGGUCAAGUCAAUAGAAAUGCCUUGGGCAGUUUAGUUUUUAAUGACAAAAGUGAACUGGAAAAGCUGAAUAAAAUACUAUGGCCAGCUGUUCUUGAAGAAGCAAAAAAUCAAGUCAACGAACUAAAUAAAAAAGGUUUUAAAGUUGUAGUUGUUGAAGCAGCUGUCUUAAUUCAAGCUGGUUGGCAACAAGUUUUCCAUGAAAUAUGGACAUGCAUAAUUCCAUACGAUGAAGCUGUAAAACGGUUGAUGAACAGAAAUAAUUUAACGAAAGAAGAAGCUGAAAAACGUAUUUUGGUUCAGCCUGGUAACAUUGAACAAGUAAAAAAUGCUCACGUAGUAAUUUCAACAUUAUGGAGUUAUGAAGUUACUCAACAACAAGUUGAGAGAGCUUGGAAUGAAGUAAUAAGAGACUUGUAA